AUGGAGGUGAAGAUGCUGCUGCUUGCUGCUCUGCUCUCUGCUCUGGAGGUGGUGUUGGCAGCAGGCCACCAUGGCCACUCCAUGCCUGGAUCUCUGAAAAACAUCAGUAAGAGCGACCCCGGUCUCCAGCAGGUCAUCCUCAGCGCUACCUACUCCUUCAACAACCAAUCAAAUGACGCCUUCCUGUUCAAAGCCUCAGCCAUCUACACGGCACAGCAACAGAUUGUUAAAGGGAUCCACUACAUCGUAAAUCUGGAGAUUUCCAGGACCGUGUGUCGUAAACGAGACCACAACAAUCUGUUCAACUGUGUCUUCCAGCCGAAAGGUCGUCUGCACCAGACAUUUCAGUGUCACCUGGAAGCUUGGAUGAUUCCCUGGAAGGAUCGGAGCCAAAUUCUCAAGUUUUUCUGUAAAACCUGAGGCUACUGACCACAAACAUGCAGCAGCCUCCACCAGCCCGCCAUGCACCUGACCAGCUGCUAGACACAAGUAUCAACAGGAUAAUAUCAAUAUCUGCAG